ACACGCACUGCCGGGAUCCUUGCUGGGAGUCGAGGCGCAAGCUGUCGAAGACGCAAUGUUGGUCAAACUGGCCGUGGCUCUGCUGGUCUUGUCAGUGCUGGAUCAAGUAGUUGGAUCGGAUAAUACUGAUAUUCACGACAGCCCCCCGGAGAAGCCUGCGAGCCAGAAAGGACGCCUCUCCCUGCAGAAUACAGCUGAGAUCCAGCACUGCCUGGUGAGUGCAGGGGAUGUCGGCUGUGGUGUGUUUGAGUGCUUUGAGAAUAACUCCUGCGAGAUACGAGGGCUACAAGAAAUCUGCAUGACGUUCCUGCACAACGCUGGCAAAUUUGACUCUCAGGGGAAGUCCUUCAUCAAGGAUGCUCUGAAAUGUAUGGCACACGGGCUACGGCACAAGUUCAGCUGCAUCAGCAGGAAGUGUGUGUCCAUUAAGGAGAUGGUGUUCCAGCUCCAGAGAGAGUGCUAUAUCAAACACAACCUGUGCUCUGCUGCAAAGGAGAAUGUGGCUGUCAUGGUGGAGAUGAUCCAUUUCCAAGAUCUCUUCCCUAAAGGUCCAUAUGUGGAGCUGGUGAAUAUUCUCCUGAGCUGCGGAGAGGAGGUGAAGGAGGCGCUGACACGGAGCGUCCGGCUACAAUGCGAGCAGAACUGGGGGGCGCUGUGUGACAGCCUGAGUCUCUGCUCCUCCCUCGCCCCAUCUCCUGCCGGCUCCACCGUCGAACACCACCGUCGCCCUUUGCCCUCCCAGCCUGAGCCGGAACACCCUCGCCCCUCGCGGCAAGGCGACAAGGACAAAGCCGGUAAGGCGGGCUUAAACGCUCAAACACGCAAUCGCGGUCAGGGACCGCGCCGCCAGAGUCCAGAGGCCGGAGUGGUGGCUGAGCAGGAGGACCACGAGGCCACCGACAUCCGGAGGUGAAAGUGCAGGAGACUGUCCCGGCUUUGACCCCCUACACCGUUUAAAAACCACACUUACAGACUUAUGCGCAACUCCACACACACACACACACACACACACACACACACACACACACACACACACACAAAUUUCCAGACAGACUGAGCAGAAGGAAACAAGCCCCGACCUUUCCCAUCCUUAUUCCGCCCUCUCCAGUCAUUCCAGCAGUCCCACAUGGUAAACUUGCAGGGUAAUUGUGGUGUAGCUUGUAAUGUUAUGCCAGACUGUAGGACACAAUUUUUUUUUAAAUUGAAUAAUAAUUGUUAUUAUCAUGAUUAUUUCAACUCUUAGGACUAUUUUGGCUCUAAUAUAGCAUUUCUCAAAUCAUACUUAUUGUAAGAUUUGAUCAUAUUUGUAUUAUUUAUUUUAUUCUUUAUGCAAUGUUGAAAUAUCAAAAUGUACAUAGAAAUAUACUAAUCUAUAUUUAUAUAAACAUGUAUAAAUAUAGUUACAAUACACAAUACUAGUAUUCUAUAGAUGACAUAGUAUAUGGUGUGCUGUCUGUUGUUCUCUUCACAGAAUUGCACCCAUCACACAUUGAUCUGUAGAUAUGUAACAUACACCAUUUGUUGUUUCAAAGUGGGAAUGUGUAUUAUAAGUAUAGAUACUUGAUGAUUAAAUACAAAUUGUACAGGUUUCAAGUCCAGUUCUGGCACAUAUGAAUUGUAGUGCAUGAUGGCCCUGAAGCCAACAAACUUGUGCAUUCUUAAAGUGAAAAUCCACUCUAAAGAGGAUGCAAAUGUAAUACUAUGAAAAUGGACAGUUAUUUCACCCUUUGUUAUGUAUUGAUCAUAAAGCUAGAAAUAAGAGAGCUGAGACUGAUUUCGGAUGUCAUCAAGAACGGCUGUCUGGGCAGCAAUGAGUGGGAGACUAGCACAGCAGACACCGUUUUAUGGACUCUUUCUGUUUCAUAUGUAUUAGUGCUACUCUGACGUGUGUCUCCAUUUAGAUGCAGAAACUGUCACAUUCAUUUAACAGAGCUUCAGAAAAACUGUGUCUCAGUGACGUUACAGAUUAAUGUCGUGUGUAGCUUCAGGAGACAUCAUUGUUCUUGUGCACAAAUAAUAACUGAACUGUCAAAUGUUAUAUAUUCUCUUUGAGUUGGUUUUCAGAUUAACCGUCAGCUAUCAGUGAACUGCGGCAAAGAGAGGAUGUCCAAUCAAGUUUCGAUGCUAUGGCCUUUUUAAAUGUAAAAAAUCACACACAUCAAGGUGCCUAAACUUGUUAUUGUCCAUAGCGACCGCUUCUCUGUGAUUUAAGUGAAUGGAUGAUACUGUGUCAUGGGGAGAUUUAAUUUUGAGCUAUUUUACAAUGAUGUUGAGCCACAAAAGUCUUAGAUAUUGCACUUUGGAUGAUUGUAAAUUUCUGUUGGACUGCUGCAGGUUGAGAAAUGAGACCAGGUUACUAGAGCAGUCCUCUAAUCAGAGGAUAUUUGAUUUAAGAAAGCCAGGUUUUGCUUAUCAACUACAGCACCAAGCCCUGUAUCCCACAUGCUCCUUGGGACCACAUUUAGUCUCUGCUUUAAAAGAGCCAUGCUACCUUUUCCCACUGGCCAGGAAAGAGGGUUGACAGAAACCCUCCAGAUCUCUGGCCCCUCUAAAUUAGCCCUUAUUCCUCUCUGGUCCCUUACCUAGGUCAGGAGAGACAUGAAGGCCUGUUAUUCUACCCGUUAGAGCCGCAGGCAACGCAGCGAGGACCCAGGAACUGGGUUAAGUCCACACACGGGGGCUCUGGCGCUGUUAUUCUAAAUGUUAUAUUUACCGAGGCCACCAGAGAAUUCCUCUGGGCCACAGCCAAGAGCCAGCAACACAGUGAGGCAGAGAAGAUCGGAGCAAGAAGGAGAGAGAUAUACUCAACUUUUUUUUUUUUUUUUUUAACGUGAUGAGUGACUCUGUCUUUACUUCUCCUAGAAUUCUUCUUCUCUUCCUCCGUUAGGUUACAGACACAGGCUUUUCAACCAUUUCAGGCCAGUCACAUGCUAUAGCUGUGGAAGUGCAGUUUGUGAGCACAUUACACCACAUGCUAGAGAGCGCUCGGUGCAAAAUGAAAAUAAAACAUGCUCACAUUUUGUGGCUCAGUUUAUUAUUUUUCACUUUGUUUUCUCCUGAUGUACUUACAGUAAGGUAAUGUUUUUACGCCUAAUCCUUUAGAGACUAUUAUAAGCUCCAAUGGUUUGAGUCAUCAGUGAGGCUUUCAGGCUUUUUUUUUCUUUUCUUUUUUUUUUUUUUUUUAAAUUCUGUUGUGGAAUUUGGGAUUCCUUUGACAUCCCAGCACAAGACAUAAGCUAAUCCUAUUGAGAAUGUACUGUAUGUGUGUAAAGUGACAAUCUGUUCAGCUCUCUGUCAUUAGGUUUGAUAUGGCUUUUUGUAAUAAUGUAGUGGCUUGAAUGGCUUUUCUUUAUGUGUUCAGAGGAAAUUAAAACUAACAGCGUUUCCUGUAUUAUUAGUACUCUAUUGCCACACUACGUGUUUUCCUCUGUUAAGCACAAGGACUCCGCUUUCACUGUUGAAAAUACAGAAAAUGGUCUAGAAGUUUGUAAGUCACCUGUAAUACAUUGGGCAUAUGAUCCUAUAAAUAUAUUUGGACUCCUGAAAUCAGAUGUAUCUUGUUAUUAUUAAAAUAUUUUGUCUGUA